AAAGGUCGUUACACUUAACGUCCCCAUGAUAUAACAAAGCCAAAAAAAAUUACGAAACAUAAUAGAGUGAUGUCGGAGAGUGGUGGCGAACACGGCGGCGCCACCGCCAGAAGGGAAGAGAUCCUGGCGGAGAAGGCCUCCGGAGAGUCGUCAUCAUUGUCAUGGAGACUCAAUGUGAAGAAGUUUCAGUUGCCACGCCAAAGUCAUAACCAUGAUCAUGAUCAUUGUCACCAUGCUCGUUCCUUCACUUUCCGUGGCCUUCUUCGGGAACCUAAGAAGCAACGUAAGGUUGCAGAAUACUACAAGAAACAGGAGAGGCUCCUUGAAGGGUAUAAUGACAUGGAUACUAUGACAGAAACGGGUUAUUUUCCGGGAAGUCUCACUGAGGAUGAGCUGAAGCAGUUAGCAAGAAGUGAGAGGUUGGCAGUUAAUGUGUCAAAUGCAGCUAACUUUUUGCUGUUUGCAGCAAAGGUUUAUACAUCAAUUGAAAGUCGAUCAUUAGCAGUCAUUGCUUCCACCAUGGAUUCUCUCUUAGAUCUCUUGUCAGGGUUCAUAUUAUGGUUCACUGCCUAUGCCAUGAGAAACCCAAACCAUUAUCACUACCCCAUUGGAAAGAAACGGAUGCAACCAGUGGGUAUCAUUGUUUUUGCAUCAGUGAUGGCAACCUUGGGAUUACAAAUUUUGAUUGAGUCAGCUCGACAACUAAUUUCUAAGUCUAAGGCUAAAAUGGAUCCCCAUGAGUUGGAAUGGAUGAUCGGGAUUAUGUUAUCUGUUACUAUAGUGAAGUUCAUUCUCAUGAUCUAUUGUCGAAGGUUUAAGAAUGAGAUUGUUAGAGCUUAUGCACAAGAUCAUUUUUUCGAUGUUAUUACUAAUUCAGUUGGAUUAGUUGCUGCUGUGCUUGCUGUCAAAUACUCUUGGUGGAUUGAUCCAAUGGGAGCUAUUAUUAUAGCACUAUACACUAUUAAUACAUGGGCAAAAACAGUGAUUGAGAAUGUAUGGUCCCUUAUAGGAAGGACAGCUCCACCUGAUUUUCUAGCAAAGUUGACAUAUUUGAUAUGGAAUCACCAUGAAGAGGUUAAGCACAUAGAUACAGUGAGAGCAUACACCUUUGGUGCUUAUUACUUUGUUGAAGCAGAUAUUGUGCUGCCAGAAGACAUGCCUCUCAAUCAAGCACACAACAUUGGUGAGACACUACAAGAGAAAUUGGAACAACUUCCUGAAGUUGAAAGAGCCUUCGUGCACAUUGAUUUUGAGUAUACUCAUAGGCCUGAACAUAAGACAAUGGUGUAAUUAUGCAGAAAGAAAUAAUAUGGGUUGUAAAAAUGUCAUAGUUAACCUUUGGCUCUAAUUAAUGAUUCUCUUAUCUUUCUGUAGUCUAAACAAAUAACACAUGACAUCAAAGGUGUGUAUGAGAUUAAGUUGCCCAAUAGCCAUGUUAAUGCUAAUUAAAUCCAAUUUAGAGGCUACAAAAGUAACC